AUGAUUCUUCUCCUAUGUGUCGUGUUCCUUCUCGGUCUUGAUCUUAACUAUUGUUUUUUAAUUCUUGACCUUUUCUGUCUGUAUCCACCUUUGAUUCUUGAUCUUUAUUUAUUCUUUUUAAUUCUUGAUCUUUUCUCUCUCUAUUCUUCUUUGGUUCUUGAUACUGACUCUCUCUAUUCUUCUUUGGUUCUUGAUACUGACUCUCUCUACUCUUCUUUGGUUCUUGAUACUGACUCUCUCUAUUCUUCUUUGUUUCUUGAUACUGACUCUCUCUACUCUUCUUUGGUUCUUGAUACUGACUCUCUCUAUUCUUCUUUGGUUCUUGAUACUGACUCUCUCUAUUCUUCUUUGUUUCUUGAUACUGACUCUCUCUAUUCUUUUUUGAGUCUUGAUCUUUACUCUUUCUAUUCUUCUUUAAUUCUUGAUCUUUUCUCUCACUAUUCUUCUUUGAGUCUUGAUCUUUAUUCUGAAGUGCAUUAA